CAAAGGCAGUAGGCAGGUAGUGUAGUGUUAUGGCUGUAUUGUCAAAACCAAAAGUGAAUUGAAACGCCAUUGUAAUAGAAGUGAUGUGACGUUAUAUUAUUAUUUUAUUUGUGUGUUCGUCUUUUAUAUUAUGUUAUUUUGUGCAGUUUCUAUUGAUUUGUUAAAGUUUUAGGAUUUAUCGUAGCAUUGGUAUACUUUUAUAUACAAGCAAAAGAUAACCUCAGGUUGUAGGAGAAAACUUGCUGUAGGUGAUGAUAAUUAAUUGACGAUUAAAUAAACCAAAGAAAAAGCAAAGAAAAAUGUUUUGGAAUUAUAAUCAAUCCUCCUCACCUCAAAUAGACAAUGUCUUCUGUAAAGAGGACCUCACAUUACAAGAACUAUUGGACCAAGAAAAUAUACUUCAAGAGCUUAAAUCCCAAAAUAAAAAAUUGAUAGAUUUCCUGAUAAAGCCCGAGGUGCUGUCUGAGUUGGUGACCCUGAUCACAACGGAGCCUGUCGAAGACAUACCUCAGAGCGAGCGUUACAAACAUCCAAAUAUUGCCUGCGAGCUACUCACCACCGACAUUCCCUCCCUCACCGAAAAUUUAGCCCGAGAUCCCACUUUGCUGUCCAAACUCUACUCGUUCUUGGAGUCGGAGCCACCCCUCAACCCUCUUCUCGCUUCAUUCUUUAGCCGUACCAUGGGAGUACUCGUCGUCCGCAGGAGUUUCCAGAAUUGGUAUUCCUACCAGUUUACAUGUCUGCAAGUCGUAGAGUUCCUCAAGUCCAAACAAACUAGUAUUUCACUGCUUCUGAAGCACCUCGGUACCUCAGCAAUCAUGGACCUGGCCCUGAAACUAGUCACUCAAAUUGAAGGCUCAGACAUGAAGCAGAAUAUUCUUAAUUUCAUGGCUACGCAAGGCCUGGUAGAGAACUUGGUAGACCUGCUGUCUCCUAGUGCAGGCUCUGGUAUCAACUCAAAUGCUGCACUGUUGCUCUGUGAUAUUAUCGUCAAAUCUAGAGAAGCUCAGCUCACUUGUGAAAACAAACCUGAACCUGACCCCAUUCUUGCCAGUUUGGAAUCUGGCGAGACAAUUAAGAAGAUAUUAGAAGUUAUUUUAAAUGGAGAGAAAAAGGAAAGUAGUUUAAUUGGAGGUAUUUCAGUUCUCUUAACUCUUCUGGAACCCUCUAAACCAAUUGGUGCUGCCAGUUUAGACUCUGGUGGUAUGAACCUGAACUAUGGGGUUGAUGGGGGAGGGGGAGGUGCAUCAGGAGAUUCCCCCGCCCCUUCCCCUCCCCCGCCUGUCACUCUCACUACAACUGAAGCAAUUGUACCAUUCUUGCCUGUCUUUCAUGAUCUACUUCUGAACCCACCUCAAAAGCCGGGAGUGAAAUUGACAUGUUGUACUGUGGACCCUCCACUAGGUAACACCAGGCUGCAGAUAGUAAAGCUGCUGGCAGCUCUUGUCUCAACACACAACCACUCGGUGGAGGAGCAGCUGGCUGCUCUAGACACCAUCAAUGUCUUACUGAAUCUUUUCUUCAGCUAUAGCUGGAACAAUUUCCUGCACACGCAGGUGGAGAAGUGCCUGAAUGCAGCAAUAGCUGUUGACCCUUCGCCUUCAGACAACCCUACUGAUAAUUUACUCAUCCAUAAUAUUUUCGUCAAGUGCCAGUUACUGAACAAGAUAUUAGAAGCCUGGAAAGAAAAUGAAGAAGAACAAUCUAAAAAAGGAGGCUUCAGGAAAGGUUACAUGGGACAUUUGACACGGUUGUCAAUUACCAUCAAUUCCCAUAUGGAAAAGAUCGUCAAGGCACAAGUGCCCGAAGAUCAGCUGACGGCUUGGCAGGAGUUCACCUCGGGUCCUCUGGCCAGAGUAAAGGCUCAGCUAGAGACUUGUCUGGGAGGUAAACAUCCAGCCCAGUCAACAUCAGAUGACGAUGAGAGAAAUUUCCGAAACAUUCCCUUCCAACAAGAUACUCAGUUCCAACAGAUAUACACGGAAUACCAAACUCAGCAAAUGGCUUCGCAAUUUAUUGAACAUUUUGGCUAUCAUGAGUCUGAAUUUAAUGAUCCAGAGGAUAAUUUAAACCCAUCAGUGGACCGCCUGGCUCACCUUUCGUUCAGCGUUACUGAUGAUGAAGAGCUGGAGCGACAGGCUGAGAUGUUUAAACAGGUCUGCGCACAGAAGGUGCAGAGCUUGGAUGGUGAGGAUGAUGACGACGAGAUAUGGUCUGACCAUAAUGUGGCAUCAAGUAGGGUGUGGAACGGUGGUGAGGAGAUUGCUAAUUACAACAGUUCAGAUGAUGAAGAGAGACCAGGUCCUGAGGGCAGAGAAGAGGCACACAUGGAGAUUGACCAGGCUGACCCCUGGAACAGUGGACCAGUGGAGGGAACGGCUGAUCCCUGGGGUGGGGGGACUGGAGGUUCUAAUGUGGUCAACGAAGGUUGGGCAGACUUCGAGGCUAAUUUUGGUGCGGCCAGUUUGCCGUUAGAGAACAAUGUGGAUGUGACCGUCCCACCUACAGAGCUCACCACUGACACGUGUAGUGUUCCCGGAAUGACAGCCGAGAGCAGAAGUGAGCCCCUGGGAGCAAGUUCGUCUGAAGUUCAAGCUGACAAAUGUAACAAAAAAGAUGAUAAUGCCAAUCUUAGCUUGUCUUCCGAUGAAGCUAAACACCUUGAUGAAGAACAACUCAUUGACAAUUUCAGGUUCCUCUCCAGCCAGGGUUUAAUAGCUGAUCAAAAUGACUCUUCCAAAGUGUCAACACCAGUGGAUUCGACUAUAAAACCACUUGACAGCCCUGCUGGACAGAAAGACACAGUGGAAACAGAGAACACAGCAGUGGAGUCUACCGCCACCUCUACACCAGCCACUCAGCCUGAAACUGUCUGAUACUACCCCAGCACCCCUCUCCUUGGCAUAUCAGCGUGUCCUUGUAUCGUAAACUGUUGUUGAAAGCUCGUCAGCGGUGUAUAUUUGAUAUUGUUCUAUACUGAAAUAGAUUAUGACAAAGUCGAUCAGUUGUUGCGGAGCGAUAUAUUUGUUACCAAACUAGAGUUAUUACAUUUGGUUAUGUAAAAAAGUGUAAUAAAUUGUUUUAUUUAAGAGCUUCUGUAUAAAAAAAGACUUGAUUUAUAGGAGAAAGGAACACAAAAUCUGCUCAAAUAUUGCAAUUGUUUUAUACCUCACCGUACCCUUCCAACUAACCAGUAUUCCUUGUUGCCGGUUAUUGUGUAUUCUUAUGCUCCUGCAUUGUAAAGUGCUUAAUUGUUUAUUUUUGAACAGGCAAAUAAAUUGGUUAUCACUGA